AAUAUAUAUUUUUUUGAAUUCAAAGUGAUUCAACUGGCUUUUAAUUCAAAACCAAAAGUAACACGCGUCGGCGGCCAUUUUGUUUGCAUUUUUUUUACUGACCGUUUUAAUAAUGAUAAUGAAGUCGAAGUGAGUGAGUGAAUGAUUUCUUUGGGCGUGAUCCUAAGCCUAACCUAAGCUACUACGAGGCUAAUAGGUACUGAAUAUCAUAAAAGCUGGUUUUCACAACUUGUAAUUUUCCUGUAAACAUAAGUUGUUAUUAUUCGGAAAUACAUGAUGGCAUACACUUACGUGACCGCCAUUUUGUUUACGCGAAAAUUGACACCGUGCUGGAAUUAAGGAUAGUGGAGAACAUAUUACUUAAGCUGUUAUUUGUACAGGAGUUCGAAAUUUUGCCAAAAUGCAAGAUAAUAAAGUAUUUACUUCCACCGUUACCAGAGGCCAAAAACCUUUACAGAACAAUCUAUAUGAUUUAAUCACGGUAGUGCCUGCUAUUCCUGUAGCUGUAAAGGAUGAUAUUAAAGAAUAUACUUGUGAUUUUAAACCUAAAACAGACAAAAUCUACGUUCCUAAGAAAAGACCCAAAUAUACUAAAGUCAAAACGGUAAGGGAUAUCCGAAAUAUGUUUGAAACUGAUGUGACUGCUGAUUUGUCGAAAGAUUUAGAAAAACAACAAAAUAUUUUAUUAAAAAAAAUAACAAGUGGAUCUUCAAGAAAUGAGAAUACAAUGGAGUUAGCAAGAAAUAUGUUAAAAUGUGAAAAGCCCAUUUCCAGGCAUUCUUGGCAAAUGUUGAUGAAUCUAAACCCACAACAUACCCCACAGCCUAUUCAGUACGUGUUAUGGAAUGGAAGGUGUAUUCGAAUCAAUGGGAGUAAAGGAGGAAAAAAUAAAUUUCUGUCUAACUAUGAUUUAGCAAAAAUAAAACGACCAGCUAAAAUAGAUAAGAAAAACAGAACAUUGCAUACAAAAAAAGGGCUACUACAAAAUUCAUUAACAAUUAAAUUUAAACCGGGUCCUCUAAGCAGAAAAAGAUUUCUUGAUGAUUCAUAUCAAAAGUACAACGUGGGCAAUACUGAAUUGGUUAAUCUUCCAAAACCAGGUCUUGAUAUCCGGCCAAAAUACGGAGUUCCAUUGGAACCUACAAUCGCAAAUUUUGUUCAAAGUUUACGGGAUACUGAUGGUCAUAUAUCAGAAAAAUGGGCCGAGUAUGCAGUUUCUGUAUUGGGCACUGUUAAAAAUCACAGUGUUGUCCAAAGUGGCGAAGAGCCUGGUGUUACGUUUGAGCUUCAUUAUAAACGCAAUCAACGGCGAACUUUAAUGCGUCAAGAAUCGUCGACAUUUGUUACAACAGAAAGCAACAACAAUGCACAUUUGCUACUAGUAGAAGACAAAGAAGAAGAACUUAUUCCAGAAGUAAAAUCCAUACUUAGUGAAAUAAUUGAAUCUGUCGAAAUUAGUUUAUUACAAGACAAAAUGAUCCUAGAAGAUGAAAAUCCGACAGAUAAUCCAAGUCACGACGAAUUGAGGAAUACUAGUGUCGCACCGAAAGAGAAGGUUAAAAAGAGAUAUUGUGAAUUAGACAGGCUUGAUGUUACUGUUAUACGUUUGCCAGAAGUACCACAAAAUGAGUUUUCGAAAACGUGUAAUAAUGCACAUUGUUCUUUAGGGUGUAUUUGUACGUCUUUGCAAUGUGCCUACAAUUUAAAACAGCACUGUGGUCGAAUAGAAUGCAUGUUUGAAUGCAAAUGUGACUUCUCAAAAUAUAAAGAAUUCGAUUCAUUUGAAAGUCAUCGUCCUGAAUUAAUACCUGGCCUUAUAAAUUUAGACAAUGAGUUAAGUUUAAAGCUAUCCAAAGAAGAACAAAAAUUCCAUCAAACGGUUGUGGUAACUGGUGAAAAAAGUAUAUUGUUAAAGCCCGAGAGAAGAAAUUGGAAAACUACUAAAAGAUACCGGGAGUUCUAUAGUAAUAUGUGUUUAAAAAAUGAUUCCAAAGUACGAAAAGUUUUGUCAGUUGUUGAUGUUAAAUUAAACUGUGAAAAUAUUGAACCUUGGUGUAUGGUACACAAUCUGUACAAAUGUUUCUGCAAGGGAAGAUUCACAAGCGACGUAAAAUCUACUACUGAGCAGGAUGAGUUGAGCGACCAAUUACAAGAAGAACUGAAUUCUACUAAACCUUCCUUCGAAGCAAAACGUAAAUCAACUUCGCAUUCGGAAAGGAUUAAUGCAGAUGGGACCAAGAAGCAAAUAAUUUCCAUGAAUGAUAAGGCAGUCUAUUCAGAUUAUAUUAUGGAUUAUGAUUGCAGUACUUGCAAGAGAGUAAAACCUUAUGAAGGUAGAAAGUAUAAAGAUGACUACUAUAUAAACACGAAUAAAAAAAUUAUAGAAUUAGAAAGAAAUGACAAUCAACUGCGUAAAAAAAUGUUAUCUAUCGUGAACAAGUUGGAUGCUUGUGACUCACAAGAUGAUAAUGAAACUGAAAACAGUGACACUAACUUAUUACAAGUUCAUGAGGUUUCCGGAAAUAAUGAAGAAAUGAGCGUCUCUGAAAAUCAACCUCUUAGCAUUGGUAAAAAAUCAGAAAUCGAGUCUAAAUCUUUAGAAAGUGAAAACAUAACUCACGAUAGGUCUGUGUUAAACACAGGUCCAAAUAAAACCAAACUGAUUGCAUGGCUCGAGUCAAGUUACAAACAAUAUAAAAGACGUUUGGAUCUGGGUGUCGUUAAAACUUGUUUAGAACCUCCGAAGCACGGUAAAGUAGCCCUGUAUCCUUGGGAGUUUAUAUUAAGUAGAUAUAGAGAGCGAAAAAAUCUGUUUUUAAUUUCAAAACUGAAACCGUUCCGUAUAUUUAUGGCGAUCGACGCUAAAAGUAAUUUCUUUGAAAAUUGCAUUAAUAUCGACGACAUCCGCUUUGCAGACUUGCAUAAAUAUCCAAUUACAGUGAAAAAUUUACUAACAAAUGCCACGGACUUGAAGGAUAACUUUUGUAUUUUAUGUGGUCUAUCACAUUGUUGGGAAUUAAUUGGAUCUGUUACAAAAGUUACUGACAAAAUAAGUACUCAAAAUCCAAAUGACGGCGAAAAACAUCAGCAAUCAUUUACAACUGAAGACUCUAACCUCGAAAGUCCACAUUUGCCAAAUGUGUCCAAAAACACGUCAGAUAUUGCGAAGGGUCAACAAGUCCAUUUACAAGAUGUGCCUGAACGGAAUACCGCCGAAUCAGACUCAGAUUUAGAAACGUCGAAAUGGUUUGUUAUGACCAUAGAAAAUGACUUCAGCGAGAUUCAGUUUCAUAACAAAGGAUUUUUUGUCAAGUAUGAAAGUAUUAUCAAGGCAAUAAACGUCGCGAGAAUGUCAGACAAGACAGUGCGGUUAUCUUCACAAAAAUGUGUUGAACAACUGAACAAUGGUCCUCAAUUUGGUAUUUAUGCAAUACCUAAUGCAAAUGAAUAUUGCGUAUUUAUUGGUCCUUACGAAAAGGACGAACCAUUAGGUAUAGAGACUAUAAAGUCUUUUGUUCACUUUAGGAGAACCAAAAGAACAAGAGGAGUCUGGAUUACAACUAACAAAAUCGAUAACAUCAAAGUCAUAGACAAUCCACACUCGUUCAUGCCACCCACAAAUUUACACCCCAGUGAAAUUGUACCGCUAGACAACGAAACGACAGUGAACGAAUCAAAAGAUGUAGAAGAACUUAAUCCCGUCAAUAGCACUAACACUGCUCAAGAAACGUCAACAUCUAAAGGUUCUCCUAGUAAAGAACAACCUAAAUUAGUAAAACCUAUAAAAAUUCGCAAACAAGAUGGAUUCUACCACUUAGCAUCUUCAACACUUGUCCAGCAGGUUUCCGUUACAAAUUCUUCUAAACAACCACAAGUACCACCCAUUGUCAAUUUUUCGAAAAAAUCAUUACCACAAAAUUUUACCGCCGAAACUAUUCAGAUGCCUCCUUUAAUGAAAAUCUUACCUACUUUAACUCUUUCUACUUCUCCGUUGAUGAAAAAAGCAUCGGAUGAUUUAAUUCCACUGGUCGUCAAGCCUAUUGCUGAAAUUGCACCGCAGAUAAAAAUAGUUGAUGUUUUCUCGGAAUCCACGACAAUGAAAGAUCAAAAUAAAAGAAAGUACAAAAAACCAGAUGGGUCAAUGUUUAUUUUAAAACCAGAGGAAAUAAAUAAACGGUUAAUGCUGCAAAACAAAAUGAUGACAAAAAUCAACCCACCUGCGCAAAAUACUGAAACGAAUAAUUCACAAAUGGAUCAAGACAUUGAAAACUUUCUGGCUACCACUGUUGCAUGUUCUCCAAAUGAAGAUAUUUUUGUUAUUUCGGACGAAGAGAACAGUAAUCAUGAACUCCCAAUACAUAGCAGUUGGAGAGAUGUGUGGAUAGAAUGCAGAAACAAUGCUGGCUUGGGCUGGAUAAGAGGAAGGAGGAACGCAGAAAACGAACUCAGUUUUGAAUUCCCUGGUUUUAAAUUCACUGAGUUUUAUUCUGAAGAGGAAGCCUUUUCGAAAAUUAACCAGGUUCUGUCAAGAAAAAUUUAUGUACCUAAGAGCCUUCAGUUGGAAUGGCAUGUGGCCGAAUGUGAAGAUGAUUUAAUAAACAAACAGAAAUUACAAGCCGAACAGUUGGGAGCUGAAUUAGUACUAACCAAACGGGGACUUCGUCACAAGAAAGACUUGAUUAUCAACCGUAACGUACAGAAUAAAAUGAAAACAUCGACAUCAACCUAUGAAUCAGCGACACUGUCAGCAACUACAGUCGGAAUGGAGGAAGUCGAUAACGCUCUCGUCAUGAAGCGCAUGAUGAACGAAUUGGAAGAACAAAGCAAAACACUAGAUAACGAAUGCGAUAUGCUUCUAAUGGAAAUGGCGAAAAAAAGUAAGAUGCGGUUUUCUGCACCACAAGACAAUGCUCAGAAAGUAUUAUUACCUAGUAGUAGUACUUUUAACAUUUCCGGCGAUGGGUGAUAGAUUUCCAUCAACAUCGGAAUCAUUCAUUGAGCCAGUUUUGUAAUGUAUCGGAAUAUAUCUUGGGUGGACAACUGAGCGCUGUCAGAAAUCAUAAUCAAAUUAAUUUAUUCAACAAGUUUAUAAUUUUAUUAAAAACUACAAGAACGUGUGUUAGUACAUAAGUAUGUUUUCUGUAUACUUAAAAUGUGGUAGUUUUUAUGUUUUGUUUCGAAAUGUGAAGCAGUAGUUUGUAUAGAGAUAAUCGAACAGAAGGGUAAAAUAUGAGCAAUAAUGCAAUAUUUUUCGUGUUGUGUAGGUAAAUGAAAAAAACUAAAAAACUACUAUGAUGAUUGAUGACUGAAUCAAAGGGAUCUCUGUCUGUUAUAUAUCCAUUAGAAUUGUUAAAGAUUGGAAAACUAAAGAAAAUAUUUGUAUUGUUUUCGUUUUUUUAUGAAGAAUUAUUCCUAUUGUUUUUUAUUAAUAGUUGAUACUGGAGCGUGGAAAAGGUGUUUUGUGAUCAACUCACUUGCACAAAAUGAUUUAUCGAACAGUGUUCGAUUCAAAAGUACUGUAAGAAAUAUAAGUCUGAAGUAGAUUACUUUUAAUGUUUUAGAUAAACCGACUUUAUAAACCAUUAAAAAAUAAACAAUCUGUAAACAUGUAUAAGUAAAGUUCAAUUAAAUUAUUCGAUAAUUGUAUUUUUUUUGCUUCAAAUACUUUAUACACAUUCACUGCUUGUUUAUUUUUUAAUGGUAAGGUGUUAAACGUGUAUAUACCUACCUUAUUGAAGGAUUAAGUUAACUUACUUGAAACCUCGUUUGUACCUAUUUGAAAAGCUUUACGAAAUCGAGACUAAAUUACUUGUCGACUGUUGAUUGCCUAAUAAAUACAAAUAUAGGUAUCACAUUUUGCGUUGUGAAGAUGCGUCAGUAUUGUAAUUAUUAGUAUAUUUUACUUGUAAAAAUGAUGUAUCUAAUAUAACACAUUAAAGUACAUCAGCAUGUAAAAUAAACGCUUCUAUUGACUGGAUCAUAGUAAAUUACAAAGAACUCUGUGAUACAAACAUUAAGUAUUUAUACUUAUCCAUGCUGAAUACUGAACUUGUGUUGGUAUUUUUACUGAGUCCUUAAUUAGGAUAUCACAAUUAAACGUAUAUGUCUAUCUGUACUGUUUUAAAUAUAGGUAAGAAACAUUAAAAUAAAAGUUCUUAACUCGAAAA